UUACUUUUCUGUUUACCACAUGAUGCGUUUAAUUCUUUUUGGUACUUUGUGCUAAGGAAAAAUAAUAGAAGGAGAUCACAUGGGUUAUUACUCACACCCAAUGAGUGAUUCUUAUUAUUGUGGAUGGAGGAACUACCCGAAUUUUGGUUGACAAAGUCAAAACUAAAGAAACUUCAGUGCUCCAUGUUCCAACUAUCAAGAACCACCAUCUCCAUAUUCAUACCAAGAACCACCACUUCUCUAUCCAUAUCAAGAACCAUCAUCUUUCUACCUAUAUCAAGAGCCACCAUCUCCCUAUUCAUACCAAGAACCAUCCUCUUUUUACUCUUAUCAAGAAUCAUCAUCUCCUUCUUAUUCAUAUCAAGAGCCACCAUCUCCUUAUUCACAUCAAGAACCAUCAGCUCUUGAGUUUCUCAUGAAAGAAUUCAUACAUGAUAUAAGGACGAGUGUCAAAAAUGUAGAGAAAUAUGUGCAUUUGAUUAUCAAGCCCCAGGAAGAGGAACAAGCAAAUUCGUUCCCAAGAGAUAUAAUGCAAGAUCCUAUGGAAGAAAGUGAGGAAAUCAAUCAAAGGAGUUCAUACUCCAGUCAAUUAGAGAACUUUCCACCCUCACACAUGGAAGAAGAGGAAGAUGCAAAAACAAAGGAGGAAGAUGCACCAACAAAGAAGGAAUAUGCACAAACAAAGGAGGUUGUAAGGGAUGAAAAUAAUUAUAAGAAUCUACACUGCAAUGAAGCAGAGAGUGGCAUAGAAGGUGAGUCUAUCGAACCACCAAUUCAAGAAAUUUUUGAUGAAGGGUACACACUAACCAUCACACAACACCCAAAUUUUGAAAUCAAAGAAGUGAAAGCAACCAAGGAAAGCACUGAAAAGGGAAUUGUGACCAAGAAACAGAAGAAAAUAUCCAUGAAAAAGAGAAGUUCAGAAAAAAAUAAUCCAACCUCUACACCAACAAGCAAGAGUGAUUAGAACAGGAACAGGAGCAAUUAAAAGAAAUUUUUGAUACCCUGGAGUUUUUCUUUGUUUGGGGACAAGCAAACUUUUAAGUUUGGUGUUGGAGGAGCACAACCGGAGGAAUGAGAUGGCCACCAGCAUAACUGAGGUGGUUGAGUUGCUUUCAUUCUAUUUUCCCUUUUGUUCUUAUUUUGUUGUCUUCUAUUUUCUGUUGCUUUGAUUCCCUACAUGAUCUUUAGUACUUUCAGUUCUUAGAUUUAGUUUCAUUCUGUUCUUUGCUUUUAGUUUAAUAAUUCAAAAAAUAAAAAAUAAUUGUCUCAUGUACCACUCACUAAGCUUGAAUUUAAAAAGAAAAGAAAAGAAGUGAUGUAUUGGAUGAGAAAUUGAGUUUAUAUUUAAGAGUAGUCUUAUUUACUUAAAUGUGGUGGUGUUAUUUGUGAUUUUGAAUGCAUAAUAUGAACAGUGCAUAUUUGAAUUUGAAUCAAAGAAUGUUAGUGCAUAAGGAAUAGGAAUUUAGAGAACUAUUAUAAAUUUUCUGAAUUAAACAAAAGCUUAAUCUUUGAAGCAAAAGAAAUAGCAAAAGAAAAAUAAAAGCAAAGUCCAAGGCUCAAAGUAUCAAUGACUAGGGAGGUCUGACAUGAUUAAAAGCUCAAAGAGUUAUUUCCCUAGUCAUAUGCUUGUGGUAUUCUUGUAUCAAGCAAUCCUUGAGACAGAAUAUUUAGAGUCGAGGCCAAAUACAUUUAGCAGAUUAUGCCAAAGGCUUUGAGCACCACUGUCUGAGAGUAGCUGAAAGAAAAAUCAGAAUUUAAAGAGAGUUCCCCAGUUAAGUGCUUGUGGUGUUCUUGUGUCAACUAACCAUUGAGACGAAACAUUUAAAGUCAUGACAAGGCUCAAGGUGCAAAGCACCAAAAAAAAAGAGAAUUAAAGGAAAUUUGCUGUGUUCAAGGAUUAAACUGAAGUAUAAAGAUCAGAGAAUUCAUAAUUUAAUCCGGAUUCUAAUUCCGAAUGACAGUGACAUUCCUCUAAUUCAAAGGAGAGUGAGAUGCCAAAACUGUUCAAAAUCACAAUAGAUAAACCCCACUUUAAGAAGAUACAUGGGCAUAAUUGAACUCUCACUUCUCAUGCAAAUUCACAUCUUAAUUAUGUACUAAUUUUGGUUGCUUGAGGACAAGCAACAAGUCAAGUUUAGUGUUGUGAUGCGUGAGCAUCUUCUCUAUCUUUUUCUAGGAAAAAUUUGUAUUCAAAUUAUUGAGUUUAAUCAAGAUUUAAUUACCUUUAGCCACUAUCAAUGCUACUUUGAGUUGUUUGCAAUUUCUGUUUAUUUCAGGUAGCAUUCAGAUGGAUUUGACGGAGUUUUGUAGUAGAAAAGGAAGAAAGCGAAUGAUGCUGUCAAUCCCGACCUCCUUGCACUCAAAUAGAAAUAACUUGAGAUAGAGAAGUCCAAUUGACGUGAUUCCAGCAGUAUUGGAAAGCUAACUUUCAGAGCUUUCCAACGAUAAAUAAUAGUAUACCCUUUUCUUCCAUUUCGUACGGCCUCCUCCACGCUGAACUUGAGCUUUCUCAAGUUCAGCGCCAACAUGACAAUUCCAAGGGAAGCUGCACGCAUCAUUCCACGCUAAAAUUGGGUUAAUCCAAGUUCAGCGUGGACUCAAGAAGAGCAAAAGAGUAGCCACGGCCUCCUCCAUGCUGAACUUGGAAAUUUCCAAGUUCAGCGUGGACCUUAAUGAACCCAAUGGUCCCCACUCGUCCCAGGAUGCAUUACACGUGAAGCUUUGCAAAUUUUGAUUUAACUUUUAUUAUUAAAAUUAGGAAAAGAUAUUAUUUUAGUUUUAGGAAAUAUAUUUUACAUCAAUUAGAAUUAGAUAUAAAAGGGAAAAGAAUUAGCCCUUCGGGCUCUAAUCUCUUCUCUUCGACCUCAUUCCGCACUUUACAGUUUUUAUGAAUCCUAAUUUUCUCUCUGAACCAUGAGCAACUAAACCUCCACUGUUAAGGUUAGAAGCUCUGUCUAUUGUAUGGAUUGAUACUAUUAUUUUUCUAUUUUAA